AUGGCCUCUUUCAAGGAGUUCUCGGGCCGCAUCCAGAACCCGCUGCUUCUGACUUUUGCGGCCCUUUUCAUAUAUCUGGCGGUCUUGAGCUACCGUUCAUGGAACCGUCUCAGACAUAUCCCUGGGCCGCCAGGUGCUGCCUUUACCAAAUGGUGGAUGCUACGUAACACACUGGGUGGGCAGAUGCAUCUCGCUCUCAAGCGGGCUUGUGAUGACUAUGGCCCGGUCGUCCGCAUCGGUCCCAACGACUUGGUAACCAAUGACUCGGAGCUCCUCCGUCGAAUGUGGGCGGUUCGUUCGCCUUACCGCAAGGGCGCCUUCUACGACGCCGUCAAGUUCGAUCCGACUAGGGACAACCUCAUCUCCAUGAGGAAUGACCAUGACCACAGUGAGCUGCGAGCCAAGAUGGCUAUCGGCUACUCCGGCAAGGAAAACGAAGGCCUCGAGUCCGCCAUCGACAGACAGAUCCAGGCUUUUGUACGCCUCAUCGAAGACAAAAAGAUCCAAUAUCUCACUCUCGAUAUCAUCACCUCGCUGGCCUUCGGCUACCACUUCGGAUACGUCGAGCAAGACGCAGAUGUCCACCGAUACAUCCAGAUGACCGAAGAAAGUAUGCCUGUCAUGAUGAUACUCGGCGUGUUCCCCAGCUUGGCCAGACUGCUGCAGUCACCCCUUUUUCGCCGCGCGAUGCCGUCCGAGCAUGACCGCGUGGGUUUCGGUCAGUUCAUCAACGUUGCAAAGAAGGUUGUCGCGGAGAGGCUCAUGUCAGACAAGACGGCGAAACAGCGGGACAUGUUAGGGUCCUUCCUUGCACACGGCCUAACCCGAGAGGAGGCCGAGGGUGAGACACUGGUCCAGAUCAUGGCCGGUUCCGACACAACGGCCACCGCCAUGCGCACGACGAUGUUGUAUCUGAUGACGAGCCCCUCGUGUUAUUCCAGACUUGCCAAGGAAGUGCGGGACGCGGCUCAGGCGGGUGCAAUCUCGUCGCCCAUCACCAACCAAGAAUCUGGCGGCCUUCGUUACCUGCAGGCUGUCAUAAAGGAGGGCCUGCGCAUCUUCCCGCCCGUCACGGGUCUCAUGUCGACGACGGUUCCCAAAGGAGGGGAUUACAUGCACGGUAUGAGCAUCCCUGAGGGUACGGACAUUGGCUGGACCGCGUUUGGAGUGCUACGCUCCAAAGCAGUGUACGGACCGGAUGCCGACGUCUUCCGGCCGGAAAGGUGGCUCGACGCCGGAGAAGACCAGCUGAAGGCCAUGACGGCGCAGUGGGAACUGGUUUUCAAGUAUGGCAAGUGGCAGUGUCUUGGUAAGACUGUGGCUCUCUUGGAACUGAACAAGGUGUUUGUCGAGCUUCUUCGUCGAUUCGACUUCGCCCUGACAGAUCCUACAAAGGCAUGGGACUCCUUUUCAGCAGGCAUCUUCAUCCAGUCCAACCUAUGGCGUCUACCGGCUGCCACGACCAAUUCUGGCAUGAUGGCUCUGCGAUCUGGAUUUCUCUUGCUGGCGGGCGUCGUCGCGUCUGCUGUCGCCGCAGACCUCGACGACUUCAUUAGUCGCCAAAGGAGUUUCGCUCUCCAAAGCGCCUUGAACAACAUUGGUCCUGAUGGCUCCAUGGUUGAGGGGGCUGCUGCGGGCAUCGUUGUCGCCAGCCCGUCCAAGUCAGACCCCGAUUACUUUUAUACCUGGACCAGAGAUGCCGCCCUGACAAUGAAGAUGAUUGUGGACGAGUUCAUCUUCGGUAAGGAGGAGCUCCAGGUUUACAUCGAGGAUUACUACCGUUCUCAGGCUGUGCUGCAGACCGUCACGAACCCCUCGGGCUCUUUCCUCCCUUCCGGCCGUGGCUUGGGUGAGGCCAAAUACACCGUCGACGGCGCUCGCUUCAACGGCGCCUGGGGCCGACCUCAGAGAGACGGUCCUGCAUUGAGAGCAAUUGCGCUAAUCACCUAUUCCCGCUGGCUGGUUGAGAACGGCCAGGAAUCAAAAGCCAAGGACAUUAUCUGGCCCAUUAUUGCCAACGAUCUGUCCUACGUUGGUCAAUACUGGAACUCGACUGGCUUUGAUCUUUGGGAGGAAGUGUCCGGUUCCAGCUUCUUCACGACCCAGAACCAGUACCGUUCACUGAUCGAAGGCGCCGCGCUUGCGAAGUCCCUCGGCGUCGACUGCACGGGAUGUGAGCUGGCACCCGAUGUGCUGUGCUUCCUACAAACUUACUGGAACGGCGAGUACUACACCGCCAAUAUCAACACCCAGACACAGCGCUCCGGCAAGGACGCCAACGUCAUGCUUGGCUCCAUCUCCGUAUUUGACAUUACGGCCAGCUGCGAGGACCCUUCCAUCCAACCCUGCCACAGCCGAGCCCUGGCAAACUUCAAGGUUUGGGUCGACGCCUUUCGCAAUGCAAGCCUCUAUCCCAUCAACGACGGGGUAGCAAAGGACAAAGGCGUGGCCCUCGGCCGCUACACCGAAGACAUUUACUACAACGGCAACCCGUGGUACCUCAUCACUCUGGGAGCGGCUGAGUUUCUGUAUGGCGCAGUGGCUCAAUGGAACGCGCACGGCGAGAUCAAGGUUGAUGCCACGGCGCUGCCUUUCUUCGCCGACCUCUACCCUUCCCUCAAGGAAGGCACCUACCAGAAACGCAGCAACGUAUCCGGCGACUAUGCCAGCAUCGUCAACGCGGUCACCGCUUACGCCGACUCCUUUGUCUCGGUAGCGCGGCAGUACACUCCCAGCAACGGCUCCAUGUCCGAGCAGUUUGACAAGGCACCGCCGGGAGCUCCUCUGUCCGCCUCCGAUCUCACCUGGUCAUAUGCCGCGUUUGUGACGAUGGCAGAGCGUCGUGCCGGUCAAUACCCUCCAAGCUGGGUCCCUGCCUCUUCGGAAGUUCCCUCGACCUGCGUGGCGUCGUCGACAACCGGCGUCUAUGUCCCGGCCAUCGCCGCCGGGGCCCCUAACGUGACGGGCUCUUGUACCGUCCCCGUCAGCUUCCUCGUCAAUGCGACAACUUACUACGGCGAAGACCUCUACGUCCUGGGCGACAUUGCCGAUCUGGGCUCCUGGAACGUGGAGAAUGCGCAGCCCAUGACGGCUUCCGGCUACACAGCUGAGCGCCCGCUUUGGAACGUUGAUGUGGAACUCCCCGGCGGUCAGAACGUAAGCUACGUCUACGUGAGGAGGCAGAAUUGCAACCAAGGUUACAUCUACGAGACGACGAACCGCACGCUGACCGUCCCGGCUUGCAACUCGACGCAGGUCUCGGCAACAGACGAUGCUUGGGAAGGGCCUCUGGGAUCGAGCGGCAAUUGCUAG